UAUCUAGUGUACCUAUUUACUUUGUGUAUAAAACUAUUUAUUGUAUAUUUGUAUUGGUAAAUAAUAAUAAUUGCUACAAAUCUAUAACUUACAAGUUUCAACUAGUUACAAGGUUACAAGCCUAUUACAGUACAAUUAUAUUGUGCUACAAAUAAAGACUGGAGAUAUUUUUUCAUUAUAUUUUUUAAAACUAUGUUAGGUUUACAUUUACACACUUAUUUAGCGAUAUUACAUAAAUAACAAAUAACAAUGUGUGUUCAAUGAGGACAUAAUAUUUGUGUUUUGUAGGUCAUGGUCAUUCUCUGCUGAUCACCUAAUUUCAGAUAAAUUCGUAUAGUACAUGUUAUUAAAUCAUCGUGUUUACACUUAACUACACAAGUCUUCAGCUUUUAAUAAUAUAACUUAAAAUAUUUUAAGUAACAUACCCAUUUUCUACAUUAAAAUGCUGAACACAGGAAAAUUAUCUGGACUAACUGUGUUCAUUACUGGAGGGAGUCGGGGUAUCGGUAAGGCAAUAGCUUUAAAAGCAGCCAGGGAUGGUGCUAACAUUGUAAUUGCUGCUAAAACCGCUGAGCCUCAUCCAAAAUUACCUGGAACUAUUUAUACAGCUGCUAAAGAAAUUGAAGAAGCUGGAGGAAACUGUUUACCUUGCGUAGUGGAUGUAAGAGAUGAACGUCAAGUAGCAGAUGCUGUUUCUAAAUCAAUAAGUAAAUUUGGAGCUAUCGAUAUUGUUGUAAACAAUGCAAGUGCAAUUUCAUUAACUCCUACAUUAGAUACUGAGAUGAAGAGAUAUGAUUUGAUGCAUAACAUUAACACAAGAGGAACAUUUUUAGUGUCAAAGAUGUGUAUACCUUAUCUAAGAAAGAGCAAACAUGCACAUAUCUUGAAUAUUAGUCCUCCAUUAAACAUGAACCCUAAUUGGUUUAAAGACCAUGUUGCUUAUACAAUGGCUAAAUAUGGAAUGUCAAUGUGUGUAUUAGGUAUGGCUGCCGAACUAAGAGCAGAUAACAUUGCUGUGAACGCAUUAUGGCCAAGAACUGCAAUAUACACUGCUGCUGUUGAAAUGUUAUCUGGCUCUACUGAAGCAAAAAAGUUAUCUCGUAAUCCAGAAAUUAUGGCAGAUGCAGCUUAUGCGGUACUUAGUAGGUCUGUUGAAAAUUGUACUGGGCAGUUUCUAAUCGAUGACGAAGUAUUACAACAAGAAGGAAUUACUGAUUUUGACCAAUAUGCCAGUGAUCCAACUUAUAAAGGAGAUUUAAUGAUGGACUUCUUCUUGGACGAGGCACCUCAUGAUGGAUUUAAUAAAGGAAAAGAAAAAUCACAAGCUAAAAAAUCAGAUGGAGUAGAUACAAUUGAGGGUAUAUUUACAAAAAUCAAUUCACAUCUGACUCCAGAAAUAGCUAAAGGAACAAAUGCUUGUUUCUUGUUUGUAGUAAAAGGAGAUGAAGAUAGAACUUACUAUGUAGAUCUAACUGGAAAUGGCUCAGCUGGAAAAGGUAAAUCGACUACAAAACCAGAUGCCACUUUAACAAUGGAAGCUGAUAAAAUAGAAGAAUUAUUUGAUGGAAGGCUAAAAGCUGCCGAUGCUUAUAUGUCUGGUAAACUUAAGAUCAGUGGCAGUUUAAUGAAAGCUAUGAAAUUGGAGAAACUUAUGAAAUUAUUAAAAGCUAAAUAUUAAGUUUUAGUGCAGAACUUUUAAGGAAUUGGUUUACAAAUACAUUUCAGCUUCAUUGUAUAACCACAUAUUUUGGAGAGCACUUUUGGUCUUAAAAUAUUAAAAACUGGCCAUCAUGUUUUACCUAUUUUUAAUACUUUUAAAAUUAAUAAUUAUGUGGUUUUAUAUAAAAUAAUACUAAAAGUUAUGUUUGUAUGGUUUAAGUUUAUAAUUUUAAAAUAUAUAGCUCAAAAUAAAAAUAUUUUAUUAUAAAAUUA